UCUUCCCAUUCCCAAAUCCAAAGAUUCCAAUCCUGAAAGCUGAAACCAUCUGCGACUUGAAUUCUUUCUCUCGGCCUCUCACUCUCGUCUCUGACGGUGAGACUCGCGCCUCGAGUCCUCGACGGCUUCCAUCGGCGAUUCGGCAGAAGAAGAAGGUCAUCGAUAUCCCGAUGGCCCGUUCCUUGCCUCCGUAUUCAUCCCUCUCUUCCAACACCAUAUUUUUUCUCAACUCCAAACUCAGCUCCGAACAAGACUUAGAUGUAGCCCCGACUCUACUCUCGGAGCUACGGACCGAGUGCGAUGAUCUCGACCAAUCCCUCUCCGAUCUCAACGCCCGGAUCCAAUCACACGUGACCCGACACACCUCCCAAUCGGGACGGGUGGCAUCCCUUUUCUCCAAUAUCCAUGCCCAGUUGCAUGGCCUCCAGCAUUCUACCUCUCACUCUCCAUCUGAUGGGGUAUCGAGGAGGGGGAUGGGGGAGGAAUUACAGGCAUUGGCGAAAGAGGUGGCGAGGGUGGAAACUGUGCGAAAGUAUGCUGAGACAGCAUUAAAGCUUGACACUUUAGUUGGUGACAUUGAGGAUGCUGUAUCUUCCACUCUGAGGAGGCAUGCAUUGAAAAAUAAUUCAGAAGAUACGCAGAAAAAGGCUAUAAGAACUCUUAAAUUGACAGAAGAUGUUCUUAUUUCAGUGACAAAGACACAUCCUCAGUGGGAACAACUUGUUUCAGCUGUUGAUCACCGAGUCGAUAGAGCUUUAGCCAUUUUAAGACCUCAGGCUAUUGCAGAUCAUCGGGCCCUUCUUGUUUCUCUUGGAUGGCCACCGCUUUUAUCGACUUUGAAUUCAUCAAAUCAAGAUGAAAAGAGAUCAAAUGAUGUCCAAAAUCCUCUUUUCACAAUGCAAGGAGACCUCAAGCACCAAUACUGUGAAAGUUUCCUGGCAUUAUGUGGCCUACAAGAAUUGCAAAGACAAAGGAAAAUCCGUCAACUUGCGGGGCGUUAUAGCGAAGUUGCUUUCCGUCAACCACUUUGGGCUAUUGAAGAGCUUGUGAAUCCUUUGUUCAUUGAAGCUCAGCUCCACUUCUCAAAAUGGAUUGAUAAGCCAGAGUUCAUUUUUGCCCUUGUAUAUAAGAUUACUCGAGAUUAUGUUGACUCUAUGGAUGAAUUAUUGCAACCACUACUUGACAAAGCAAUGCUAUCUGGCUACAGUUGCAGAGAAGAAUGGAUCUCCGCAAUUGUAUCUUCCCUAUCAACAUAUCUUGCAAAAGAGAUAUUCCCUUCACAUGUGAGUCAGCUUAAUGAAGAGACCAUUACAGGGACUGAGUCACAGGCUAGACUAGCUUGGCUACAUCUCAUUGAUUUGAUGAUUGCAUUUGAUAAGCGAAUUCGAUCUCUGGUAGUACAUUCAGGAAUGUCGCUUUUCCUUGAGGAAGAUGGAAAUCUAUUGAAAAUAUCUUCAUUAUCAGUAUUUUGUGAUAGACCCGACUGGCUUGAUUUGUGGGCUGAAAUAGAGCUUACUGAUGUGCUAGAUAAAUUAACACAUGAAAUGGCAAAUGAUAUUAAUUGGUCAAAUGAAGGUCAGGUAGCUUCUAUUCUAUCUGUGCAGGAAGAUCAUAAAUCUCCUUUGAUUUCCGGUGCUUUCCUUCAAUAUCUAUCAUUGGUAGUUGAUCGUUGUCGAUCACUUCCCAGCAUCUCGUUGAGUUCAAGGUUUAUAAGGUUGACAGGUGCACCUAUAAUAUGUAAGUUCUUGGAUUGUUUACUGCUGAGGUGCCAAGAAGCCGAGGGACUGACAGCUCUUGCAGAUGACACUGCUUUAACUAAAGUUGCGAAGUCUGUUAAUGCUGCUCGCUACUUUGAGUCCGUUCUUAUAGAAUGGUGUGAGGAUGUCUUCUUUCUGGAGAUGGGACUGAGCCAAGCUGAUCAAUUGGAAACACCAGAAGAAAAUAUUAGUACAAGCAGAAGGUCCAUGGAAGCAUCUGGAAAUAGUAUUUUCGAUGAAGAAAUCAGAAAGCUUGAGCUAUUUAGAACAGAAUGGGUUGAGAAGCUAUCAACUGUUGUUUUGAGGGGAUUUGAUGCACGUCUCCGAGAUUACAUGAAGAACAAAAGGCAGUGGCAGGAGAAGGGGGAAGAAGGGUGGACAGUGUCCAGAUCUUUUAUUGGGGCACUAGAUUACUUGCAGGGGAAAAUGUCAGUACUAGAAGAAGGUUUAAAUAAAAAUGACUUCACCGGGGUCUGGAGAAGUUUGGCGACAGGGAUAGAUAGAAUAAUUUUUAAUGGUAUUUUGAUGAGCAAUGCGAAGUUCUAUGAUGGGGGAGUUGAGAGACUUGGGAAUGAUUUGGCAGUUCUCUUUGGGGCUUUUGGAGCUUGGUGUUUGAGACCAGAAGGUUUCUUCCCAAAAGUUAGUGAGGGAUUAAAGUUGUUGAGACUAGCGAAAACACAGCUAAAGAAUAAUUUGGUGGGAGAUGAAAGAUGGUUAAAAGAGAAUGGGAUAAGGCAUUUGAGUCCAAGUCAGGUUAAACAAAUCACGAAGAACAGAGUGUACAGCGAUUGAAGCAUUUCGAAGUCCUUGAGUACACAAAUUCUGUUUGGCACAGUUGGGAGGAAAUCUAGUUAUGUACUUCUGUGGUUCCUGGGAACUUAUUCGACCGUUCUUUCGAGAUUAACUUUACUACGAGUUGUCCAGACACACUCCCUUUAGUGUUCUCGUUAUCAUCACAUGUCAGCCAGUCUACGAUGGAUUGAUGAAUUGUGAGAAUUUCAUUUCCUUGGUCAUCGCCCAUGUUUCUUACUUUUGUCCAAUUUAUCUAUCUCGUACUAACAUUCAUAGAAAAUUAAUGUUUGUUUUGAGUUAGUGGGUGGGUGGGUGUAAAUGUAAUUAAAGUUGUUACUAAUAUAUGACUUGCGAAUGUCCGGUUUGUCCAUGGAAUGUAUAUUUUUCAGUCAGAUGGUUAUAUUAACACCACAAUUUUCAUUUGUUAUACUACACGUUAAUGGUA